AUGGAAUACUCUUCAGCUCAAAUGACCUGUGUUCUGAAGCUGAACACCCAGUGUGAGAAAUGCAAGGAGAAAAUGAAGCAGAUUCUGCAGAAUCUCACUGGAUCCUACUCUAUCACCAUUGAUGGAGAGCAAGAGACAGUCACAGUUACGGGAAGAGUAAAUCCUAAUUCAUUAAUGGCUGUUCUGGAAAAGUAUGUGAGACAUGGUGGAGACCUUAAGUAUGUCAAAUUUGAUGGUGAGAUUAGACAAACAAGGCCUUAUAAUUAUUAUAAUUAUUCUGGUCAACAUGAAUAUGUUCCAUGUGGUAUGUCCAACCCUAGAAUUCCACAUCCAUUUCCAUGUCCUCAAAACCACUUGUAUGAAGCAAAUCUCCGGUUUUUUCCACCUCCGGUGCCACCACCUCCACGACCUCGUCCCCUGGUAGGCCCUUUUCGAGUGGCACCGCCUUUUCCUCCUCCCAUGGUGCCAUUUCAGGCAAUGCCGCCGCCGCCGCCGCCUCCUCGUCAUUUUUCAAGAGGAUUGGCUGUUGGAGAGAAUGAAAAAUUGGAGAAGGAACGUAAGCAUUGUACGUUAAUGUAGAGCAUAGGAAC